CGUUGUGUGAUCUACUAUUUGCGGCACACCCGAAUUGCAUCUCUGCUUUCUCUACCGGGUAUAUGUACUGCUACGGCCUAUCCCUCUGCGCGUGUGCGUAGGCCCUCUUUGUUGGCCGCGUCUGCUAUUUCCAGGUCGGGAACGACGGUGAUUGGCUUCCGAAAUAGCUUCCUUCAGAUAUCCUCUUCCUCUGCUUCCUCUAGGUUGAGGCGGACAGCGCUUGGUUGCCUGGCAUGAACGGCGGCGCGGGGGACAGUCGCAAGGCCAACAUGGUCAAUGCGGCGACGACGUUCAAGAAUUUCCAGUUCGACUUCGACUUGGGAGUGUCGUCUGGGUCUGCCAUUGGCGGAGGUCGCACGGCAGCAGGCGGCAGCCUCAAGGACCAGAAGCUCGGCGGACCCUCGGGGAGCGGGAUGCGCGCAGGCACGGGAGGCGGGUACGCGCAGGGAGCAACCUCCUGGUCCACUGGCGGAGGGGGGGGGGCCGCGUCCUCUGGCGGGGGAGUGGGGGGGCGCACUCCCCCCGCCACACAGGCAAAACCUGGCAGCGGAACGGGCCCCAGCUGGGUACCUCUAGGCCAGUCCGGGAUAGGCAGCACGGGAGGCGGGUACGGGGGCAUGAAUGCGAAGCCCCUUAACUCCUCAAUAGGGGGCAUCUCUGGCGGUGGGGUUGGCGGUGGUCUUGGCGGUGGGAUUGGUGGCAGUAGUGCUGCGUCAGCGGCUGCCAGCAAGGCGGAUGACGUGUUCGCGAGCCUGUGGAGCAGCGCCACUGCCUCCGCGCGACCUGGAGGGUCCACGUCAGCAUCCACGUCAGCGUAUGGCGCUUCCAGGGACAGUGCAGGCGGUGCAUCUGGUGUAGGUGGAUCUGGCACGGGUAGGGCUGGGGGGUUUGGAGGGGGAAGUGGAGGGGGAGGCGGAGGGGGAGGAGGGGGAGGGUUUGAUCCAUUCGGUAUGGGCGAUCUACGGAGCUCCGUUCCUAAAGAUGCAGCAUCAGGAGCAGCAACAGGCGUGGGAGCAGGGGGCCGAGCAGGAGCAGGGGCAGGAGCGGGAGCGGGAUUUGGUCUAGAAAGUGGGGGUGGUGUAGGGGGUGGUAUUGGGGGCGGUUUAGCGGGUGGUACAGGUGGUGGUUUGGGUGGUCAGCCUAUGAAAGCAGGUGCAGGAGGUGCUUCAAUGCGUGCCUCUGCACCAUCUUCUGCUGCCUCUGCUGAUCCUUUUGCCACUUCCUGGCCGGACCCUUUUGCCAAUGCUACCACCACCACCAGCAGCAGCAGCAGCGGUGGCGGCAUGUCAGGGGCUGCAGGCAGGGCCUCAUCCUCGUCUGCAGCAGACCCAUUUGCAAACUUCUCCGCGUCGUUUCCCGCCCCCCAGGCUGCUCCGGCCGCUCCAUCUGCGUCUGCUGCCUCUGCGACUGCUGCUUCUGCGGCUGCUGAUCCAUUUGCCAACUUCGCAUCAUCCUUCGGCAGUUCCCAGCCCCAACAACAGGCGUUCCAGACCCAGCCAUCGGCUAGUGCUGGAGGAUCCUUCGAUCCGCUUGUAGAUCUGCUCUUCAAUCCCAAGCCCACCGCUGGCAGUGCUGCUGGUGCUGCUGGUUCUGGUGCCGGCAGCAGCGGCAGCAGUGCCUUUGGAACAACAGGCCCAAGCGUGAACUUUGGGAACCAAGACGCAGGUGACUGGGGAAGCUUCGGGGAUACCUCAGCCUCUGUGUCGACCGAAACCACAGUGGAGCUGGAGGGACUCCCCCCCCCUCCUGCUGGUAUGUCUUAUAGUGCAGCGCUCGAUAAGGGGACGGAGUUCUACAAGGGGGGCCAGUUUGCGGACGCGAUCAAGUGGCUGCUGUGGGCGGAGCAGCUGGCGGAGAGAGGGGGGGAGGCGGACAGGGGGGUGCUGGUGCAGGUGCUAACUGCCAGGGCGUCGUGCUACAAGGAGGCCGGCGAGAUGAAGAAAGCCGUGGCUGACUGCAGCAAGGUCCUGGACUUGGACCCGGAGAACACGGCAGUGUUGAUGCAGCGUGCUUGCUUGUAUGAGGCGAUGGAGAAGUACAAGCUGGGGGUGGCAGACCUGCGCUUGCUCUCCCGCCUCGACCCCUCCAACCGUGCCGUUGCUACGAGUCUCAACCGGCUUACCAAAGCCCUCGCUGCCUUGGGUUGAGAGGGGCGAGGGGCCGAGAGCCCGCUGGGAAAAUGGGGACGAAAGGGGGGGGGGGAGGGGGGGGUAUGGGGAUGCGUUGAGUAGAGGUACAAGUUGGGGUUGGUGCACCUGCGCCUUCUCUCCUGCCUGGAUGGACCCGUAGAACUGCGCUGCAGCCACCAGCCUUAACUGGCUCAACAAGGCGCUAGCUGCCCUGGGGUUAGAGGUAGUAGCGUUGUGCUGAGCUGAGAGGAUGGGGGAGGGGGGAAUGGGUUGGUUGAAGGGAGCCCUCGCGCCUGGACGCCUCCAACCGCGCCACAGCCACGAGCUUUAACCGGCUCAACAAGGCUCUUGCUGCCCUGGGCUGAGACGGGCGAGGGGUUAAGGAGAGGGGGGGGGGGGGGGGGAGAGGGGGGGGAGGUCAUGGGGAUGCGUUGAGAGGGGAUGUGCCUCCACAUGCUUGGGUGGCGAAUCUGCCCCUGCUUUACCUCCUGGACCCCUCCAACCGCGCUGCAGCCACCGGCUCGACAAGGCUCCUGCUGCUGUAGGCUAAGGGGGGUGGGGAUGGGUAGGUUGGGUGGGUUGGGGGGAGUACAAGCUGGGGGUGGCGGACCCAUGCCUGCUUUCCCUCCUGGUCCCUGGACCCCUCUUACUUUGCUAAACCCUACCAAACCCCUCCUGCUGUUCUAGGUUAGGUUGAAUAGGGUUCGUGAGGAGCUGACUGACGGUGUCGACAGGAGAGGGAGAGGUUGGUGUGGGAUACCUGCUGCGGCAUGUCCUUGUUGCAAUGAUGGGGUUGGCUGGCCUGGCUGUAUCUGGGGCACGUUGCAAUGCUGGGAUGGGCUGGCCGUAUCUGGGGCACCAGGUCAACUGGGUCAACUGGGCGUUGACCUGUGGAUGGGUUUAUGGUGAUUCUGCCUGUUGUGAUAAAUUCGCACUUAGAGCCCCUGUCUAAAAACACAAAGCAGGGGAUCAAUUGAACCUUGUACGGUAUAUCUUUUGCUGGCAGAAAUUUCCUGCUUUUGGCUC